AUUGAAUUUACUUUUUUGUGCCUUUAUUGUUUUAAUGCAGAAGUUCACUUCUGUGUGUCAGAAUAGUGGCCUAACACAUGCAGUCUAGAUUCAUGUUGUUUUGUGUCACAGCCUGUGUUUUCUCAGGACCUAAUUUCAAUGAUACCUGUCAGUAUUGACUACAAUGGCAUCAAACCAAAAAGAAAAUGUUCUUCAAGACCAAACAAAAAUUAAUGAUCAGCCCACAGAGUCGUGCUCUUCACUCGGUGUUGAAGAAACUCCUAAAGAGGAGAUCCAAACUUUGAAGUCUUCACUGCAAGAAAGCUUAAGAAAGCGAUAUGAAGACACUCUAAAGGCUCCAGACGACAUUCCUCUGAAGAUGUAUGUGUCAAACAGGACACAUUUGGAUGGCCAGAUCGUCCAUGAGAUGCGUGAGCUGGAAAGACCCCACAAUGAGGACAUUAAAGAUGAAAAUGCCAUUAAUUAUGAUGAUCUCCUGAAGCCUCAUUCUUCUACAGACGGGCGUAUCUGCAGCAUUAUGAUGAGAGGAAUAUCUGGAUCUGGCAAGUCAACAGGCGUGAGGACAUUUAUAUUAGACUGGGCACGUGGCAAAACACACCAGCACAUUGAUUUUGUGUUUCCUCUUCACCUGUGUGAGCUGAACAUACUACAUGACAAGAAACUCAGCCUGAUGCAUCUCUUAGAUUUGCUCUUUCUAAAGUUACUGAAGCCAGAGACCCUCGAACGAUCUCAGAUCCUCUUUAUAUGGGAUGGACUUGGUGAAUUUAGAUUUCCUCUUUAUUUUAAGCACACCAAGACAUGCACAGAUCCAAUGACACCGGUUUCUGUCGGCUGCAUGCUGGUGAAUCUUCUCAAAGGGAACCUUCUUCCCUCUGCCCAGAUCUUGGUCACUUCAAGGCUAAAAGAUGCAGGUCUAAUUCCUCCAGAACAUAUACAGAGGGUGGUUGAACUUCAUGGGCUUGAUGACUUACAGUGGGAGGAACAGAUCAGAAGUGAAGUGCGUGAUCAAAACGUUGCCGCAAGAGUGACUGUUCACGUGAAAUCAUCCAGAACCCUGUACAUCAUGCGCUCCUUGCCAUUCUUCUGUCAGAUGGCUUCCACUGUUUUGGAAGAGCUUUUUAGUAACAGUUGCAACACAGAUCCUCCUCUCACCCUGACAGAGAUGUUCACACAUUUUCUCCUGAUUCAAAUGAAGAGACAAGUGGAAAAGUCCACUAAAUCAGGCACUGAGGAGAUCCUGAAGUUGGGUAAGUUGGCUUGGCACAUGCUGGAAAAGGACACGUUGACCUUUAUGGAGAAGGACCAGAGAGAAACCAAUACUGAUCCUCUUCUUCCUGUCAAACUCUCUGAAGAUUGGCCCAUGUUUUUCAGAAAACAGAACCUGAUGGGUUUAGAGAAAAUGUACCGCUUCACGCAUCCCAGCGUCCAAGAGUUCCUGGCAGCAUUGUAUGUUGCUGUGCAUUAUGAACCCAGCAAGGGAAAUGUAAUGUCUUUUACACUUGCAGAAAAAGCUAAAAAGCUGCUCAGUCCUACAGCUGAUAUGCACAGAAGAGCAGUAGAUAGAGCUUCAAGGAGCAAAACUGGCCAACUAGACAUCUUUCUCCUCUUUCUCUUGGGCAUCUCUGCAGGUCCAAGCCACAGGCUCCUGUCCUGCUUUUUUCAAAAUACAUCUCUUCAUGUAAGAACAGAGGAUGUAGUCAAAAAUAUUUUACAGAAAAUCAAGGCAAAGCCAUUAUUUGAGAUCUCAGUUAAUCUCUCUCACUGUUUGGAGGAGCUUGACGUAGCCCUGCCUGUGGUUCACAAUCGAGGCCGGGUUGAAUUUCAAAUGGAUGAGGAUGUGCACGUCACUCCUUCAGAGUGGUCACAUAUAGCCACUACUCUGCUGACCUCUGAGGAUUCAUCACUGACAUUUGAUGUCAGGAAAUACGCUAAUGCAGAUGAAGCCAUUAUGAGACUGCUGCCCAUCAUCAAGAUCUCCAGAGUCCUCAGACUGGAUGAGGCCACAGAUCUGAGCUGGGCACUGAUCGCCUCAGCUCUGAGAUCACCAGCCAAUCGUAUCAGAGAGAUCGACAUCGAGAAGAAGGCCCUCAGUUAUAUAAACUUGAGCCUGUUAUCCGUUGGUAUGAGAAGCCCUAAUUGCAAAGUGGAGAUAUUCGGGGCACCAUAUUUUGGUUAUCAAAAGGAUUGUGAUCAUCUGCUCUCAGGGAUUUUAUUGAACCCAACACAUUUGAGAGAGCUGAAGCUGCUGAAUUCGUUCAAAAUGAGUGACAGGACAGUGGAGAUCAUCUCUCAAAUCUUAAUGGACCCGGAUUGUCGUCUCGAAAAUCUCACUUUACACGGAAUAGAAACCUUAGAGAGUUGUAAGAUCUUGGCCGCAGCUCUCUGUAGCAGUUCUUGUCGUCUGCAAGAGCUGGACUUGAGCAGAUGCUGUCAGAGUUCUGAAGAUCAGGCUUUACAGCUUCUGUCGGAGGCAUUCAGACACCCGAACUUCAAAAUAACAGUUCUGAGGUUGGAAAUCUGUUCUAUAAAGCAUGAAACAGCACCAGCAUUAUUCUCUGCUUUUCAAGAGAACCCUUCACACCUGAGAAAACUUGAACUAAGUUUCUUUUUACCGUUGACUCUUGAACUUCAGCAACUUUUCUCUCUGCUGGCGGAUCCUUGCUUCAAACUAGAGACAUUGCGGAUAGCUCACCUACGUCAAUUACAGGCUGAUUCUCUUGAAACUCUGGCUUCAGUUCUUGGAUCUUGCAGCCUCAGAUCUCUGGAUCUCAGCAUGUGUGGCCUUACAGAUUCUUCUGUGGAGCUGCUCUCUGCUGGACUGAGUAACCCUGGCUGUAAACUGGAGAUACUCCGGAUGACACACUGCAGCAUCACAGAAGCAGGAGCUGCUUGUUUGGCGAGGGCUCUCUCUUCCAACCCAUCACACAUGCGGGAAAUAGACUUGAGCAUCAAUCCUGUUAAAGGCCCAGGAUUUGACCAGCUCAGAUCUGUUUUGGAAGAUCCAGCAACCCGAUUAGAGAAAUUAACUGUGGAUGGCCUAGAGGAGCAACGUGACAUGGAAACUCUACAACAAUAUGCGUGCCGGCUGACUUGGGAUCCAAACACCACUUCUUCAAGUGUGCAGGAAGAUGAGGCUCUUGUGGAGUAUCGCAGAAACCCAGAACCUGUUCCACAUCAUCGAGAAAGGUUCAAAGAUCAAGACCAAAUCAUGAGUCGGGAAGGUCUUAGCAGCCGUCAUUUCUUCCAGGUGGAGUGGUUUGGCAGGUGGGCCACUAUUGGAAUGGCCUAUAAAGACAUAAGCAGGAAGGGAAGUUCAGCAGCCUGUAGCAUUGGACUUAAUAAUAAAUCCUGGGGCAUUUUGGUGAACACCCCCUCUUCUCUCUGUAAAGCUCUUCAUGGAGGAGUAGAGACGCAGCUUCCUAACUGCUCACCCUGGAGAGUCGGAGUCUAUCUGGACUGGGCGGCAGGAACUCUGUCCUUUUACGACACCACACAAGACAAGGCUGAACUCAUCCACACCUUCCAUGCUAAGUUCACUCAGCCUCUCUUUCUGCUGGUCAGUAUUAGUGCUGGAGUUAAGAUCUUACCAGACGUGCCUCCUCCUGUCUGUGUCCAUGACCACGAUCCCUGGGAUAUGUUCAGGGGCUACAAGGACUGUAAGGGAUGUAACGGAUCAAAGGCUUGCUAGAUAAACCGAUGUGCUCUCCUUUUGUGGAACAUCUGAUGAUAGUGUUUGUAUCCAUGAUAAUUUGGAUUUCAAGGACAUAUUAGAAAAGGAUUCAUUAAAUGUACUUUGACAGAGAGGGAGCAGUUGAUCCGCUAGAGGGAGACAUUCUCUUAUGAAACCUGAUCUUAAAGAAAAUGAACAUUCUGUCAUCAUUUACUCACCCUCAU